AUGUCUUUCACGGAGACAGUUCAUCUGAAAGUAUACUGGAAUACUACUUAUACAACUGAACUUGGUGGGACUAUCACGGUACAGCGUCAUGCGCCGGACGGUUAUCUUAUCAUUGAUCGUAUGUUAGAUUUCUCGGAACUUGUUGAUAAGGUAUGUGGUGUGAUGGAAGUUGAUAGAGAAGAGCUGUAUAUUGAUUUUUCUUUGGCACGAUGUGGAAGUUUAGAUCAUGAUGCUGUGGAAUGCCCAUUUUCUCAUCCACCUGCUGACAGGACCGCUAUUGAUAAACUUUACGAUCCAUGUGGAAUUUGUGGACAUCAUACAAUGCCUGAAGGUGGUUGGGCUGCCUAUUUGGAGAGGAUGUUUGGAUUUAGGUUCCAGACAGAGGAGUCCAGAUUGACGAGCGUUUCCAUCACUGAAAUAAAGACUCACAUAGAGAACAAUCCUUUGAUGGACCAGUCCCCCGACGAGGCACACCUACAACAAGUCCGUUGUUGUGUUGGAUGGCUAGUUGGCGGAUUACUGUUCUCUAACACUACGAGAAACAGUUUUCCACUCGAUCUUGUGCAUUUUCUGCAUACUCCCGAGAUUUUCUCGGAGUACAGUUGGGGUAGCGCGACACUAUGUUACUUGUACCGCAGCAUGUCCAAGUCAUCUCUGGCCGCUUCUGCAAAGGCUAUUACCGGCUGUGUGAUUCUUCUUCAGCUCUGGGCCUGGGAGCGGAUUUUGACGGUUCAGCCAAAGAUAUUGGGUGGGGAGCUCGAUCUUUCUCAUUGUCCAUUGGGCAUGAGACUUGUCGGGACUGAUGAUGAUUAUGUUGGUGAGCCUACAGCAGAUCCGGAGUAUCUCUUGUGGUACCAUCAGGUUACUGUAAAGUAUGUUACGGAUCUGACGGACUCUGAAAAUGCGAGGGGUUUUCACGGCUCUGCAGAGACCUUCCGCCUCAUGGCCACUUUGAUGGAGGACAUUCGUAGUCUGAGUAUUAUAGGCCAGCGUACUUUCGACAAGGAUUCCUUUGGUUAUAAUGGCUUAGGCGAGAUUGCCCAGGUUGCUGAGCGGGCGUUGUCCGUCAAUGCAACAAAUGUUCAAAGUUCUCUAGAUGGUCAGUCGAUACAUUACACAAGUAACUUUUUUUCGAGUAUGUUCGAGGGUGUUGCGAGUCAGCAUCAGGCUGAUGACCCAGCUGGAGGUGAGCGUGAGAGUCAGGGUGAAUAUGAGGAUGAGGAUGAGGUUGAGGAUGCAGACCCGCACGAUCAGUUUGAGGGUCAGGGUUAUCAGCGCCAUGAGGAGCAGGGAUCGAGUCAGACUCUAAGGACUCCACCGUUGGCUGUGAGUAAAGGCCAGAGAGUGACAAAGGAGCCCGAUAGAUUGACUUAUAGCCAUUUUCGGGCUAAAAAGCCCAAGAAGAAGUAG